CGCCUGUCACCGCAGGUCCAUGUCCUGUCAGUGUAAGACAGAGCGAGGAGGAGAGCGGCCCCCACCCUGAUGUCUCCCCGAGCACCGCACACAGGUGUCCUCACCAUCCUGACAGUACUAUCACUCUCAUCAGGAAAAGUCUAUGUGCGGAGAGGUUCAGACAUCAGUGACUGUGAUAUGAAAUGUCUUCAGAAAGAUGGUGUCCUGAAGCUGCACAGAGAAUGUGAGGACGAAAAACAGAUUCUGGUCUCUCUGUAUUGUCAUCGCCUUAUUCUCGAGAAUCAGUUUGAGUCCCGACUCCACCUGGACACAAACAGCGGCUGCUGGACCCUGAAGGACGCCGGGAAGGAGGACUCCUGUGUGUAUAAUGUCAUAUUGUACAGGAGUCAAGAAAGAGUCCUGCACUCUACAGACGUCACAGUCCUAGAUCCCGUUCUCAUCACCAGCAUAACCAGUAACUCCAGCCGGCUGGGUGAGGACAUUGCUGUGAGCGUCCACUUCUCUGGAGAGGAGACGGCUGUGACCUGGGAGGUGGACGGGAGGCGUCUCCUCAACAGAUACCAUCUGAUAGACGACAACAGGACGCUGAUCAUCCAUAGAGCCCAGAAAGACGAUGCCGGACGGAGACUCGGGGUCCGGAUCACAAACCCCGUCAGUAAUGAAACCUGGGAGUACGAGCUGCAUAUUACAGUCUCCCGAUCCUCUGAUGAGAUAUUACUUGCUUCGGUGCUUCCUGUGUUCGGGGUUAAGCUCGUUUUGGUCCUGUCUCUGUUUCUCGUUUGUUGUUAUGUCAAGAAUUUGAGCUGAUGGCCAUAAAUGAUGUGACGAAUGGAGAAGGCACGGAGGAGCUCAUGUCUCCUGGACGUCCAGCUGCCGCGUCACCGCUUCAAGUAUGAUUGUGAGGUCAUUUCUAAGGCUUGAUCUGCUAAAAUAUGCCUUUAAUAAAAGCUUCCGCAACUUGCACCCACAAAAAAUGUGAUUUAUGAGAUGGUAAAAAUGAUUAGGUGUUCCUGCAUGGCAAGACCACUUACUGUUAUCUCACAUAUAUAUUCUUAUUAUUAUAGCCACAUUUACCACCCUAACUCCUCCCAUAGUUUUUGCACUACAUAUACAAUAAUCUACCGAAACGCGCGGAUUGUUCCCGAUUGGUGUGCUAUUACUUUGUGGAACAUUUCGCUGAAUAAUUCACAAAAUAUCUGUGUUUUUGUGGCGAAAUUGGUCCCAUAGGAAUGAAUGGCGGAAUGUUCAAAACUAGAGUGUGAGCUGACAAAAGCUAGAGUGUGAGCUGAAAAAUCAGGACACGAUUUCUAA